AUGCUCCCAUUCCGGCUAUACGCCGCCGUUUUGUUCGUCCUCAGUAUCUCCCUCCUCUUCCCUCCGUUCUGCAUCGGGAUUCGCUCCUUCCCGACCAGGGCGAUCGACGCCGGAGAUGCUUUCGAACUCGCCUCCGCCGCCUGGGCGAGAUUCUCUGAGGCGCCGGAUUACCGUAACGGAGCAGACUGCGCCGUUUCGAUGAACAAGGAAAUGGUGUCCUCCUGCGACCCUUCCCUGGUCCACAUCGCCAUGACUCUCGACUCCGAGUAUCUCAGAGGCUCCGUGGCUGCCGUACACUCGGUUCUCAAGCACGCUUCUUGCCCCGAGAACGUCUUCUUCCACUUCAUCGCCGCAGAGUUCGACCCGGCGAGCCCACGGGUCCUGACCCAACUCGUCCGAUCCACCUUCCCCUCCCUCAAUUUCAAGGUCUACAUCUUCCGGGAAGACACCGUCAUUAAUCUCAUCUCGUCUUCGAUUCGGCAGGCGCUCGAGAACCCGCUCAACUACGCCAGAAAUUACCUGGGCGAUAUUUUGGGGCGGUGCGUGGACCGGGUCAUUUACUUGGACUCGGAUGUGCUGGUGGUCGACGACAUUCACAAGCUCUGGAACAUUUCUCUCUCCGGGUUGCGGGUCAUCGGAGCCCCGGAGUACUGCCACGCCAACUUCACUAAGUAUUUCACCGACGGGUUCUGGUCCGACCCGGUUCUUUCCCGGGUCUUUUCCUCAAGAAGACCCUGCUACUUCAACACAGGGGUGAUGGUGAUGGACUUGGUGAGGUGGAGACAGGGAAAUUACAGAAAGAGGAUUGAGAACUGGAUGGAGUUGCAGAGAAAGAGAAGGAUUUACGAUUUGGGUUCUUUGCCACCAUUUUUGCUGGUUUUUGCCGGGAACGUGGAGGCUAUAGACCACAGGUGGAACCAGCACGGGCUUGGCGGCGACAAUGUCAGAGGGAGCUGCAGGUCUCUUCACCCUGGUCCAGUGAGUUUGCUACAUUGGAGUGGCAAAGGCAAGCCUUGGGUUAGGCUUGAAUCCAAGAACCCUUGUCCGCUUGACCAUCUUUGGGAGCCUUACGAUCUUUACAAGCCGCUCCGUCAUCACAACGCAGCAAAGUUCCAAGCCUUAUCGUCGAUUUCUGCUUCUACAUUGAUUGGGUUUUCCAGCUAUUUGUCAUGA